CGCUAACUUCCUCGAGGACGGUCAACAUGAACCCACUAAGUUGUGUGGAACGAGGCUAGGGGACAAAAUGAUCUAAGUAAUAUAAUUGACGAGACCGCUAUGCGCCUGUAAACUGGAAAUGACCCUCAUCUGUGAAGAAACAUAAUUAUUGAGGUCAAAGCCAGCAGUAAUGACAGUUUGCUACACUGCGCAGACAUUAAUGCAGAGUCUUCAUUGACAGUUUUGAGAGAACGAUUGGACCUAUACGGACAUUCUCUAACCCUGGACUAUAAUGAUAUUAAUUCGUUGAAAAAUGAUAUCAACGAUGGUAUAACUCAUAAAUGCUGUGGUGGUCUCUGUCAUGAAACCCACCAUUUGAGUAUACGUGACGUGAUCAUUGGUGUAAAGCGGUUGAAGCGAGGAAAGAAAGAUAGUUUACCAGAAGUCGGAUCAGAUCACUUCAUUAAUGGUGGCCAAAAACUUCAUAUCUCUAUAUCAUUACUGCUAAGUUCUAUGACUGCCUAUUGGUAUUGUCCGACUGACUUUGCCAAGUCUACUGUUAUACCUAUUCCCAAGAACAACCGCAAGUCAUUAAACUCAUCCGAGAAUUAUCGAGGAAUAUCUUUAAGUAGUAUCAUGGGCAAAGUAUUAGAUCAUACUCCUUCGAAAGUAUGAAAAUGUAUUGUCUACUUCAGAUGCACAAUUCGGUUUUAAAAAGGGCCUGUCAACGGUUAGUUGUAGCACUGUGCUAAAUGAGGUGGUCGAUUAUCACAAUAUUAACUGUAACACUGCUGUUUAUUGUAUAAUGUUAGACGCAAGUAAAGCGUUUGAUUGCGUUCAUUUCGUUAGAUUGUUCCGAAUAUUAUUUAAAAAGGGUUUGUGUCCGUUGAUUGCACUGUUUAAUACUAGCAAAUUUGAAUACUAGCCAGCAAAUACGGGUUCAGUGGGGUGAUUUUUUGUCAGCAGAAUUCUCUGUAAAGAAUGGGGUAAAACAAGGAGGGGUGCUUUCACCUGUACUAUUUGGUAUAUACAUGUACCUUGAUGACUUAAUAACGGAUCUAAGAAAUUCAGGUUUUGGGUGCUACAUUGGUCAUCUGUUCUGUGGUGCCUUAGCAUACCACAGACCAUGUAAUCACCAUGUCUCCAACACUGUUCGGGUUGAAGAAAUUGCUAAAGAUUGCAAAGCAAUUUUCAAUUGUUUUUAAAAUAUCAUUUAAUGCUUCAAAGAGUAAGUUAUUGGUAUUUGGCCCUCAGGAUGAUCCACCCGAGGUGUUUUUUGAUGGCAAUUUAAUAAGGCCUUCCACUGAAGAAAUCCACCUUGGCAUUCUUCUUGGGCAUGAUGUCCGUCGGAGAAGGGUACAUGAAAUGGUCAAUGACCUCUACAAAAGAACAAUGGUAUCGGCACAAUUUAGAUUUGCUAACUUUGAAACUCGAUACCACUUAUUUAAGACGUAUUGUAUGUCAUUAUAUGGUUCCCAGCUUCUUGACUUGUCUGAGCCAUAUAUGACAGAUUUGUAUGUAGCGUGGCGAAAGUGUCCGUAAAAUCUUGUGUCUUCCAUACCGUACGCAUAAUGUCUCACUUUCAUAUAUAAUCCAGGACCUGUGUAUUCAAACACAAGGUCAAAAAAACGUUUCCUUAAGUACUUUUGUAGUAUCCUGAUGUCAGCAAAUGUUUUCUUAAACUUUAGCUCAAAAUCGAUUAUUCAGGGUAGCAGCUCGCCUAUUGGGAAAAGUGUUACAUGGCUCCUAAAUAUGUUUAAUUGGAACAGGACCCUCUUACCAAAUCUAAGGACGAUGCUUGAUAUAAUAACUGAACAUAGUGACAUGCACGAUCAAAUAGGGUAGCAUCCCAAAUACGAGAAUUGAUGGUUAUGAGGGAAUCUUUGGAUACAGGGAAAUUACUGACACACUUGAAUAUCUAUGUACAAUGUAACUAUACCAUAGGGUUGAUUAUGGGUAAUUGUACAUGUAUUACCUAUUCUUAGAUCAUACGUGUUUAGAGAUAUGCAUUCAGAAUUGUAUUAAUUAGUCAUCAGUUUUCAACGCACCCAGCACUAUUCACUGUAAUGCACUGUUCUACUACUAUGUACAGAUUGUGCACGAAAUAAACAUACCUAUAUAUAUAUUAGUAUGACAAUAUCUUCAAGUUGUGGAUUUCUUUAGCAGAGCUUAAAUCCAGGGAAAGGACAGAAAUAGUCUAAUCGGAAGUUGGAUGUUUCAGAAUUCAAGAUGUCCGCCGCGGACAGCAGCUUGAGCAGUGAAUUAGAGUGUGCCAUCUGCUCCGAUCAACUGAAACAGCCGAAGUAUAUCGGUCCCUGCAACCACACAUUCUGCAAGGAGUGCAUCGAUAAGUAUUGGGUCUCCCUGGGUUGGACAAGAACAAUUCCAUGCCCAGAAUGUCGCCAGGUAUGCCCUAUCCCGCGAAAUGGCGUGGAUGGCCUGAAGGAUAACUUCAAGCUCUCCAACAUCAUAGAGACAUAUGGCAAACAAAAACAGAAGACUGCUCAUCCAACGGAAACCAACUGUAUCAAGUGUCAGAAUGGAGCCUCGUCUUUCUGUAAAGAAUGCGACUUUAAGUUGUGCCCUGGGUGCAAAGGACAGCAUGAUAGUGACCCAAGCACGAAUGCCCACGAGCUCUUCGGACUGUGUCCGAUUCAUGGCAACGGACUACUGUUCUUCUGUAGCCCUUGUAAAGAAGCUGUCUGCAGUGGCUGCAGAAUAUCUGAUCACGAGCAGGAUGACCACCACGUGAUACCAAUCCGUCCAGUUGUUGGUGCUCUAAUGUCAAGCAUUCAAGCCCGUUUGGCUGAACUUGAAAACACGACUAUGACUGAAGUUGGAGAGCAAGAAACGAAACUGUCGCAGCUGCGUGAUAUCGUCCAGCAGAAGUCAACUUCUGCAGAGGUUCAAGAGACCGCCGACUCAGAUCUAAAAAUAGCUGUCAAAAAGAAAGAAAUCGGGGAACUCAGGGCAAAGAGUCAGCAUAUACAAAAGCAAAUCGAUAUCUUAGUAAAGCAAAAGGAAGAGGUGGACGAUAGGACAAAACAAUGUGUCAAAGACAUCGACAAAUUCGAGAAAGAGAAGUCAAAAACCAUCGCAGAUGUCAGAGAGAGAUUCGCCAAAUCAUCUGAGGAGAUCAACCUGCGUCUUCGAUCCCUUGAGACCCGUAGGCAAGAAAUGAAAACAAAAAUAGAGCAGGGCCGAGCAGUAGGAUCUACCAAGAUCACCACUGAUACCGAGAGCAUUGCUAAACUGACCAGUAUCAGUCAGGAACUCGUGGACUUAGUCAGAGCUUCAAGGGAAAGUGAUACUGUGACUGUGAUAGAGCAAGUCACGAGAUCGCUCAGUAAAACAAAGCGGGAUUUCCGACAACUGAAGAAGGUGUGUAACUUUACCUUUCCAAGACACCGGCCGUGUAGGGAAGUUUACCGAUUGAAGCAUCUACUUGUACCUUACUCUGGUAUUGCUAUAUUAGGCACAUCGGAAACUGAUUGGGCGGAUACGAUAUAUUUCCAUGACGAAGAAUCUUCUCCAUUGAUGGCCACAAUCACAGAGGGAGUUCACCUUGCUAAUGACAUGGCCGUCUUAUCCACUGGUGAAGUGGCAGUGGCAAGACAGAAAAAGCCGCCCAUUCGAGUGUUCAAGCCUGCGACUGGUGCAUACCGUGAUAUUAACAUCACAAGUGAUGGGGAGGUGAUUGGUAGGCUGUGGCGUGUUGAGACUGAUGAGUCUGACAACAUGUUUGUCUUAACUGUUAGCUUUAAUUCUCUUCUUCUUGUUGUAAAACCGAAUGGCAGCGUCAUUCAGAGUGUUCAGUUACUCGGUAUUGCUCACUAUAUGGCUUUCUGUUCACUGAAUAGAAUCCUAUAUAUCGCCGCUGGUGACAGGAUCGUGAGGUUUCACUGGAGUAAUAACAUCCUCAAAGAGAUUUCACCAUCUUUAAAUGGCGUGGCAAGAUUCCGUUGCUCGGAUGUUUGUAUUGGCAGUGGUGGCGAGGUGUUGGCAGCUGGUCAGAUGGGGCAUGGUGAUAUCGGUAUCUACCAGGUGACAGAAGGAGCAGAUGAGGAGGACAUGGUAUGGAGGGAGAUAGAGUAUCAAGAUGGCGUGAAGAGAACAUGUCGUUCCUCGCCACAUAUCUGCAUCAAUGAUGAUAAUCUCUGGCUUGGAUAUGAUGAAAAAAUUGACAAGUUCCAGUUGGUUUAAAUUUUGGUGAAGGAUUUACACGACCGCGUGUUUGUAUAGGCCUGCUUUCCAGUGUUGACACUAGCCUACUGUCUUAGCAGGAUAUGGCGUCUUCGAAACACCUGUUCUUCAUACAGAUUUGGCCCAUUCUGAGAGUGAAAGUGGUGUUCUGUGGGCCAAAAGUUAAAAACGGCCCUGAAUAACAUAAGAUAUGGGAUAAGAUACACA